GCACUGAUGGAAAUAUCCGCCCCCCCGAGUAUAAAAGCUGAAGAGGGGAGAGUGAGUUAAGCAGUGGGACGCCCCCCGACAAGACAACGUUGAGCUGCACACAGGAGUAACUACGGUGUAUACGGUGUUCCCUCCAGCACACAGACAUCCCAACAUGGCCGAUGACUUCAGUCUGCAGGUGAAGAAGGUUACCCUGGCGAUGGGAGCGAGCCUUAGCGACCAGGACAUCGACCGCAUUCCGCGCGAGAUGAGAAUGCAAGGGAACUUCAACUACUCAAAGUUCUUUGAAUACAUGCGGCAAUACAAGACCUCAGAUCAGCAAGAGGAAGUCAUCAAGAAAGCCUUCCAGGUCUUGGACAAAGAUGGCAGUGGAUACAUCGAGUGGAAUGAGAUCAAGUAUAUCCUGUCCACCGUCCCGAGCUCAGUGCCCAUUGUUCCCCUGUCUGAUGAGGAGGCGGAGGCAGUUAUACAGGCGGCUGACGCUGACGGGGAUGGGAGGAUCGAUUUCAGAGAAUUCUCUGACCUGGUCAAAUUGGAGAAGAAACCCAGGAAGUAGUGUGCUGUGGCGUGAGGUCCGGGGGGUGGGUCCGGGGGUGGGGCCAGGGGAGGUAGGGGCUCCAGUGGUGGCUUGGUGGCCAAGCCCCUUUCCACUCUAACUUGCACAUCGGCAGUUAGUUGGUGAGAGAGUGCAGGAAACAGGAAGUGUAUAAUUCAGCGUGCAUGUGUGCAUCCGGUCAGCUUGGUCUGUCUGUCAGUCUGUUUGCUGUGUGUUUAAUCCCUGGAGAGGCCAGGAGUAGAGGAUGGUACACCAGGUGGAAAUGUGUGUUUUCCUUUAUGACAACUUGGAUUUAUUUAAUAUAACAUAAUACCUGUGGCUCAAACAGCAGGUAAAUAAAGGGGAAUGUGCCGCAGGUGCACUAUGACUUUCCUGCCACAAGCCUCCUUUUCCACGCGUUUAACAGUUUACAUAAAAACACAAACUCAGACUCCCUCAGAAAGGGACUGACGUGCCUGUGAAAGGAGGGGGCGUGGCUAUCAUUAGGUUCACUAAAGCUCUUUAGACUGAAAGAAAUGGUACAUUCAGCAUAUCAAAUCAAAUUUUAUUCAUAUUUCACAUUUUACAAAGAACUUGUCACAGUACACUUUCUGACCUUAGAAGUGUUCUAGCUAAAAGGUUCUCUCUGAAUCUUUACUGGGGGCAGUUUGCACGUAAGGGGCUCUGCAGAAGCCACGCCUCUUUGUUCCACAGAAUGUGAGCAGUGGUCAGGUACAUAUUCUUGCAUUAGAGAUCUGAGAUGCAGUGCACUGUGCAUGACACAGCAUGUUAUUAAAGUAUAUAGUCAUGAGAAUCAGAGGUUGGAAUUAUACAUAGUUACAAGGACUCCACAGUCACAACUGUAUUCACAAAAUUUUCCUCUUUCUGUUUAUCGAUUGUAUUUUUAAAGGAUAAAAAAUAAAAUAUUUGGCAUUAGGAAACCCCACCUCCAA